AUGAAAGAGAAAACAAGUCUUCUCUUUCAUCCCUCUUUUCUUCCUUCUCUUUCAUCCCUUUUUCCUUCCCUUCUCUUUCAUCCCUUUUUCCUUCCCUUCUCUUUCAUCCCUCUUUCCUUCCCUUUCUCUUUCAUCUUUCCUUCUCUUUCCUUUCCUUUUAUCUCUUCUCUCCUUCUCUUUCAUCUCUCCAUUCCUUCUCUUUCAUACUCACUCUUUCCUUGUCACCUCUUUCAUCCCUCUUUCCUUCUCUUUCAUCCUUCUUUCAUCCCUCUCCCCUUCUCUUUCAUCCCUCUUUCCAUCCCUUCUCUUUCAUCCCUCUUUCUUUCUCUUUCAUCUUUCCUUUCCUUCUCUUUCAUACUCCCUCUUUCCUUGUCACCUCUUUCAUCCCUCUUCCCUUCUCUUUCAUCUUUCCUUUCCUUCUCUUUCAUCUUUCCUUUCCUUCUCUUUCAUCUUUCCUUUCCUUCUCUUUCAUCUCUCCUUUCCUUCUCUUACAUCUCUCCUUUUCUUCUCUUUCAUAUUGACUCUUUCCUUUCCUUUUCUUUCAUCGCUCUUUCCUUUUCUUUCUUUCAUCUUUCCUUUCCUUUUAUCUCUCUUUCUCUAUCAUCUCUCCUUUCCUUCAUCUUUCCUUUCCUUCAUCUUUCCUUUCCUGUUCUCAUUCAUCUCUCUUUCAUUUCCUUUUGUUCUCUUCCAUUUCUGAUUAAGAAUUCCUUUUCUUCUCAAUGUAUUCUUUGUAUUUAUUUUUUUCUUCUUUCUCUAAUUUAUUCUUGCUUUCCUUUUAUCUUCUUUCUCCUUCUCUUUCUCUUCUCUCAUUUUCUAUAG